ACAUAUCGUGUGGCGAUACGGGUAGUGAUUUUAUACAAUCUAAUUCUUAUUUUGAAUUAUACAUGUACGAGGAAGUUGUCAAGCUGAUAUUUCGCAAAUGGAACUAGGUAUCAACAAAACGGUGAACUGAAUAAUUGCAUUAAUGCAUGGAUAUAAGUGAAUAAAUUAAUUGAUGAUAUAAUGAUCACCCCUCCCCUCCACCCUUCCUAUUCCCUCGAUCUGCCUCUGUCUGUUUCUCCUCUGUGAACUUUGACAUCGAGGCGUGAAUAUAAACUACAUGGACAUAUUAUAACUGAUAACAGUAAUAGCCGAGGUCUGUUAUUCGAAUUAGGAAUGAGAUUGAGUACAUCAUGUCGACAGCAAGCGAUGUUUCUGAUGAGAUAUAUGAUAUCUGUAUCAUCGGGGCUGGUAUAACGGGAUCGGCGGCUGCAAGGUGGGCAUCGUCUCUGCAGAAGAACAUCAAAAUUUGUCUGAUUGGACCAAAUGAACCACUCGAUCAUGAAUGGGAUGACCCUUCACGAACAAUCUUUGGUGCUCAUUACGACGAAGGCCGAGUGGUGACCGAGAUAUGUAUGAAUAAUAUACACGAUUCGUGGAUAGAAUUUACCCGACGAUCCAUUGCAAGAUUCAAAGAUCUUGAAAAGGAAUCAGGUAUCAGUUUCUUUACGGAAGACACCAAUAUAACCAUAUCAGACGAUUCAGUGAUCAAGGAAUUAUGGAGAAAACGUCAGGAUAAAAGCACAGCACAGUGUUACCAAGGUGACGAAUUGUCCAAUGCAAUACCGUCUUUCAAACCAUUACCCGAUGGUAUCUCUGCUAUUACAGAGACAACAAACGAAGGUUAUAUGAAUCCGCGUGCUUAUAUCGCUGCAAACAAGCUUUUAGCUUCUCAAAAUGGAUGUAAGAUUGUCGAGGAGGUGGUGCUGGAAGUCAGAGAGGAUGACAAUGUCCCCGACGACGAUGGUGACGAUAAAACUACUAAAUCAAGCAGACGACGUGUGAUAGCAAGAACUAUGACCGGACGCGUGUAUCGCGCCCAACGCAUUCUUUUAUGUCCCGGUGCAUUCGUCAAUUUUGACGGUCUGCUUCCGAACGGAUUGGAGGUAGAUGUAUCGACGACGACGGAGAGAGUUGUUAUAUUGGAGAUCAACGACGAGGAUGUCGAGCAUCUGUCGAAGUUUCCAUGUGGUAUUGUCGAUCUGAAUGAUGGCCAUGAUACCCGGAACUGUUAUUUUUUACCCGCCAUUAAAUAUCCAGAUGGAAAAUAUUACAUGAAAAUUGGACACGGGCCCGAUAUGAAUCUUCCCUUGGUUAGUAAUGAUGCCAUCACUGCGUGGUACAAAAAGAAAGAUGACAUCCCUACGACCGUGCAAGCAGAAUUGCUGUCGAGGUUCUUCGUGUGGGCGGAAGACAUCAAAUUUAAAUCGACGAGAACUUCGACCUGCGUCAUCACCAACACACCGACGCGCCGUUUUUACUGCGACAUGGCGACAUCGAACAUCGGCAUCGUAGUCGGAGGCAACGGCAGUGGAGCUUGCGUUGGUGAUGAGAUAGGUAGGAUGGGUGCACGGAUGAUCCUUAAAGGGGCCUGGGACCAUGAUUAUCCCGCUGAGCUCUUUAAACUCAGGUACAAAGACAAAGGAGGUCAAGAAAAAUCAACCUAAAGUUCGGAUAUUUGCAAUAGUUUAUGGACUACCAAAUGAUAGUGACCGAUUUUAUGUGUGUUUGUUAGCAUUUUAUUUUGUUGUUCACCUGUCUACUUGAUUGUUUCGAUGACAUUUCCCAUCGAUACAUUUGCAAGGCGAUUACUUUAUUUCCAAAUGGGAUGCAUAAUAUCAAGAGCCAAUCUCUUUUCCAAAUAAUUUGCAUGGUUCUGUGUCUUGACAGUUCCUCUAAGUUAAACAUUAAAAAUGGUACUGGGAACAGGACAUCUUAAUAGAUAAGCGAGUGAUCAAGCAAAAAUGAAUACAAGCCGUGAUUUCAAGUUACAUGUCAUUUCGAUACUACAUGGUUUUUGGAUCACCUAUUUGAAUAGCGCCCCCAUCCGUCGUAUGCAAUUGACAAGUCAUGGUUCUAAUACUAGUGGACAAAUCCCAUAUUUUUUAAAGAGUAAACAAAACAACAAAGUAAAUACUUUUCAACGAGGCAAUUUUAAGCUUUAAAUCUUGGGAUUUCAAUUAUUUUGUUGAUAAGUUUAUCAUAUCUUACAAUGACAUCUACAUGAAUGUAUAAUAGAGCCUUUUUAAUCGUGCUGUGAUAAGAAAAUAAUAUCGUUUUAUUUAAAUCCCGAUUUUAUCAAAGCCAUUAACGAUGAAAUACACGGUGAAGAGAGCAAAGACCUUUUCAAAAGUAGUAAAGAUAAUCUAUUAAAUAUUGUGUAAACGACUAAAAUGCUAUAUAAAAUGAAAUUCUAAUAAAAACUUGUUGUAAUGUUUAGAAUGAUGAGGCUAAAACUAAGUGGGUUUAUUUUCUAAUGAUCAUCAUUUAAGUUGUUACAAAACAGAUUGCAAUUUAUAAGUUUUAUUAUGUUGGGGUUUUUUUUGCAUUAAUAUAUGUACAUGUACUAUAUUACACUUUCACUUUCAC